UACCGAAACCGGCCGUUCGAGACAUUUGUGUCAUGUACAGAGAAGGCGCUACUACUGCAAGAACUGCUCAGAAUUGGUUUUCACGCUUCAAGGAGAUGAGAUGAUCUCGUGAUACCGUCGCUCGUCACCUUCAUUUGCUGGGUAAAGUUUCAGGUAAAUCCAACCGGCAACACAGCUCAACCCCACAUCGUUUAUCUGACCAAAAAUACUACGCAUUCAGCAACGACUCGGAGCUGAAAAUAUAACUCGAUAAAUUCUUUUAAGUCAAGACCAGGUAAUUUCUACCGUCAAGGCAUUGACAAGCUAGUUAAAUGUUGUCAAGAAAACGUGAACACUGAAGAAUUUUAUUGACUGAUUUGUUAAAAUUGAGGAAACUCCUCCAAACGAACGAAUUUAUCUGACAACGCAGCGUGUGUUUUAUUUAAUGCCAUUUACAUCCCCCUUUACCCUCUAUUGAGUAGUAGAUCAGUAUAUUGCAAGAAAACAAAUUAUGUCCGGCGUCCUCGAAAAUAAUUUAAAGAUCGAAUAAUUUCUACUGCUUGAGUUAGGAGUGAGGUGCUAGGUUGGCAAACCAUUUGUGGGUUUCUGCCUAUAUUAGAAACAAUUGAGUAUUCUCAAACUAAGGAAUAUAGUAUGAGUAUAUAUAGAAUAAUUUGAGAAUUUGAAAACCAAUCAUGCAAUUAUCGGGCUGAAGUUUUUUACGCACGCACACACACAUAUAUAUAUAUAUAUAUAUAUAUAUACACACACACUCACACACGCGCGCAAUACUUCCUUUUUCUUUCUCUCUCUCUCACUCUUACACAACGUGGCCUUUAAUAGUUAGAUUAUUAUUAUUUUUAUUAUUUAUAAAAUGCAAAAUUAAAUAAAGUCGGAAUAUAGUAAAAUGACAAUAAAAUUAUAGCAACAUCGUAGUUUAAAUUAAAAAAAAAAAAAUGCUAAAAAUGAAAUAUGUUGAAAAGUAUAUUUAUUAGUAAUUAUGAACUAUAAUAAUAUUAAUAACGAUAUAUAUUAACAAUUUUGACAAAUUGUCGAAAAAUAGGUAUCCGAAAGUCAGCAUAUGACGGCAUGCAAAGCAAGUUUUCCUGCAAAGUAUCUUCGAAGAGACUUUCUAACUGAAAAGUGAUCCAAUGAGAAUUUCGAUAAUUCGUGUGUUGAGGGAUUGUUUUUAAAAAAAUGGCGAAUAGUGUGCUUUCGGAGAAAGGCUGGCAUCUUACCGAAACGGGAAUUGCAGAGUAUCUUGAAAAUGGAAACAAAAGCGUCGAUGCAAUUAUGAAAAUGGCACUUGAUGUUGACCUGAGACACAUCGGUCAAAAAUUCCUGCCAGAUGAUAUUAACCGAGGCAAGAUAGACUAUAUCCAAGGUCCUUGUGUUCUCCAAAUUCAGAAAAUACGCAAUGUAUCUGCCCCUAAAGAAAAUGAAGAAUCACAAGCAGCUCCACGCUUAUUAAAACUGUCUUUGACUGAUGGUCAUUGCACAUGUUAUGGCAUUGAAUUAGAAUCUAUUAAUUCUGUCAGUUUGAAUACUCCUCCAGGAAGUAAAGUUUUGUUUACUGGAACCAUUCCUGUUGAGAAUGGAUUUUUACAGCUCAAUGGUAAAAAUACCAAAAGUAUUGGUGGCAGAGUUGAAAAACUUGUUGAAAAUUGGGAGCUGAAGCGGCGGCUGGCUAAGCAACAUCGAGCUGGCAUCAUUUCAGAAGGUGGUCCACCACCUUUUAUACCAUUUGGCCCAAGAAUGACAAAAUCACAGCUUGUCAGAACAGAUAAUUUCAAAUCUCUUGAAGUUUCUAAAGAAAAGAAAGAGAGUGAAGAAUUUGUAAAUCAGCGGAAAGCUACCAUUGCAGAAGCUGUUCAGGCAAAAGAAGAGGGGAAAAUAAAAACUUUUGGUGGCAACAAGCAAGCUCUUAAUGAUAAAGAUGUGGCACGCUUGGUUGAGAUGGGCUUUGUUACAGAACAAGCUUGCCAAGCUUUACGCCAAAACAAUGGCAAUGUGAACCAAGCUAUUGUUUUUUUACUUGGCAAAUCUGGACCUGGUGGAAGAGAUGGCAGAGGAGGGAAUUUAUCUAAUUCUACAGGAGGCCAAUUAAAGAACACUGCAAAACUGGGUGGUGAAAAACCAGAAAAGUUCCAUGGCCGAGAGAAAAAAGGCCGAAAGAAUAAAGAAGACAAAGAAAAUGGAAAUGAAGAUGUUCCUAGUCGGCCAUCGGGUCCGGCUACAUUGUUUGAUUAUCUAGAAACUAAGAUACCUAUAAAAGAAGAUUCGAAAACUCACACUGAAAGUAAAGUUUCUGAUUCUAAAAAGGAUGUCGUCUAUGAUAAUAAUAAAUCAGAUUAUGAUGGGCGCCAAAAUUCAGAUAAUAGAAAGAGUGCUGGUAACCGUAGAAGCAACCUUCCACCUCGAUUGUCUGGUAAAGCCAACAACUCUGAUUCAGCACAAAGUAACAGUAAUACUAACCAUUCUAGUCAUGGGCAUAGCAGUAAUUAUACUAGUAAUAACUAUAGUGCUAAUAGUUAUUCAGGUGGUCAUGGAUUUAAUAACAAUGAUAAUAGUAGCAGCAACAAUAGCAACAUCCACUCUUUUAAUUCUGGGUCAAAUUCAGGGUACCCUGCCACCGCUUAUUGUCAAGAUUAUAACAACUCCAAUCACUAUCAGCAGAGAUACUGUAAUUCAAGCCAUGGUAAUUAUAACAAUACUUUGGUGCCUAAUAAUUCAGCAAAUACUAAUCAUAAUUAUAACCAACGUGGUUAUAACAAGUAUGAGAACACCAGUAGUGCACUGGUUGGUAGUAGCAACCGUUCUGGAGGACAAGAUCAGAAUCAUGUACUGAAUAAUAAUAAUAAUAACCCAUCAACUCAUUAUAAUCAUCCUCAUCAACAGCAGCGCUAUAAUAACCAUGCCUCAGUUCAAGGAAAUACUAACAACCGAGCUGUUUUCCAUCAAGGUUAUCACAGUGACCUUAGGCAAGCAGGGAUGGUAUCUGGUCCCACUCCCCGACAAACAAGAAGCUACUGCCAUAAUCAAGGUCAUACACAACAACACACACCAUAUUUCAAUUUAAGCUCAGGACCAACUCAACAGCAGCAGCAGCAGCAGCAUCCCUCACAGUCAGCACACUAUUCUAAUGAUGUAAAUGCUAGAUAUCCACCCUACAACCAGAAGGACGUCCACCAACAUCAUCAACAACCUCAACAUCCUCCUCAACACCACAAUGUGAGUGGAUCUCUUGGGGCUGAAAACCCUAAUAAAAUCAUGAACAGGGACUUUCAGCAACAAAUGUUUUCACCCGUUGCACAUGGUCAAAAGAUGUUAGAUAAUCUGAACAUGAGCGAAAUUACUGAUGUUGAUGCAAGACAUGUCAUUAGUUAUGAUGGAAGCAAUGGACGAAAUAAUUAUUCAUAUAAUACAGCUAACCGUCCAAAAGGUGGUGGCAUUGGUAGUAGUGGAGGAAAUAAUUGCCAUAAGAAACAAGUUGAUAUUGAUUCUUCAGAUUUGAAGCACGAAAGAAAAACCAAUCCUUCUCCAAAUGUGGUUAAUAUUCAUAGUUGGCGAAAUGGAGAUCAUUGCUUAGCAAAAUACUGGGAAGAUAAAAAGUUUUAUCCUGCUGUUAUUGAUUAUGUUGUUCCUGACCUUCCAACCUGUGUAGUCACUUUUCUAGAAUAUGGUAAUGCGGAAGAAGUUAUGCUAGCUGAUGUGAAACCAGUUUCUAAGAGCUGGCAUGAAAAUUCAAAACAGAACGCAAACACAAGAAAGAAUCAAACUGGACAACAAGGUUUUAAUAAUGCAAAUAUUAUGUCCCAAUCUGGACCUGUAGUAGCUCAUCAACAACCACAUUCUCACCAGCCCUCAAUUACUCAGCAAAUUCACCAGCAAAUGCCUCCAACAGCACAAUAUACUAAUGAGCAUGUAUUGUUUCAACAAAGCCAUAUCUCAACAAUGGAGUUUCGUAGAGGUGGUGGUGGGUACAGUAGACGCAUACAGCAACAGCAACAGAUAGCAGAAAAAAUGAAACCUACUCAGCAAUAUUAUAUGCCACCAGCUCAACGGGCUUUAAAACAAUAACAUAACAAUUUUAGUUGUCUUUUUUUUUUGUAUGUCAAUAUUAAUCACAAACGAGACAGUUUAUAACUGCAUUGGCCAACAAAGUGCAAUUUACUUUUUACUUGAGUAUUCUUUUUUUUCUUAACUUGUUGCGACAUUUAUUUCAUUAAAGUUUAGUAAUGAUUUAGAAAUAAGCAGAAUACUUUAAAAUGCAAACAAAUUUAACCUCUAAAUUUCUUAUGCCAAUUUUAUCAGAAUUUCUUUUGUUUAUUAUUCAUUUUGUUCUUUAAAAGUUAACUGUUAAAUAUUCAAAUGAAUUUGCAUAAUUAAACUUUACAUAUUGUAUUUUUCAUUAUAUUAGCUGUUGUGGAUUUAUCUGUUAAGUGUAAUUUAUAAAUCAUAAGUUGUGUCUUUCUAUUUUAGCUUUUAACAUUUCUAUUUUCUUUAUUUUUGUUAAUGCUUAUUGGGUCAAUUUUGAUUGAAUUAUGUGGGUUGGCUGAAAAUUUCAUAGGCUGACCAAAAUACUCUCAUGGAAAGUGGCCAUAUGAGGUUUAUUUUUCAACAUUGUCCUUGUGGUCCACGCACUUCACCCAUCAGUGUUACUGUGCUUGGAUCCCAUUGGGGAAGAAGCUUUCUUUCUGUUGCUCAAAGAAAAUCAACAGCAGCAGAUAUGACAUCAUCAUCAUCACUGCAAUAUUGGAUCUCAGCCAAGUGUUUUCUCUUGUCGGGGAACAGAUGAUAGUCAGAUGGGGCCAAAUCAGGAAAAAAAGGAGGGUGAUCAACCAGUUCAAAGCCACAAUUAUGCGCAGGAGCCAUUGAAACCAAAGACUUGUAUGCUGCAGUACUGUCUUGAAGAAACAAGACCCCUUUCAUCAGUUUUCUUGGGUGUUUGGUCUUCUUGAUAGCCCUUUGUAACUGCCUCGGCAAGUUGGUGUGGUACACUUCAUUGAUGGUGUGGCCCUUUUGAAGACAGUCAAUAACCACAAUGCCUUUUGCAUCCCAAAAAACUGAGGCCAUUGCCUCCAUGACAGAUGAAACAACUUUGCCUUCUUUGGAGCAGGUGAUGAGGGGUCUUUCCACUGCUUGGAUUGUCUGUCUCCGGCCCAAAGUGAUGAACCCAAAACUCAUCCUAGCUCAUAAAACAUUCAAGAAAACCAGCUGGAUCUACAUGAAUUUUCUGCAGGUACUUAACACUACAAAGCCAACACCAUUUUAAAGAGAAGUUGCUACUAGUUAUUUUUUAAGUCUUUUUUUUUUGAACAAACAGAUGUUAUUUUAUCUGGAAAUAAACAAUGUAGUUAUUAAUAAAGAGUUAAAAUUAACCAUGCAAGAUCUCACUACUCUAGCAUUGUCCCUUCAUAGUCAGCCUAUGAACUUUUCAGCCCACCUUUGUAAGGAUUAAUUAUUUAAUUAUAUGCAAAUAGAAAAAGACAGGAAUGAAUGACAGAUGACAAUAUGAAAUUAAACAAGUUAACUCUUCUUGAAGCUGUUGUAUUCUUAUUUUUGAUAAAAACUGUUCUUGUGAAUAAUAAUGGCAUAGCUACAAAGGUUUUUUUUUUUUUUUAAUCAUAAUUCAAAAAUUGCAUUUGAAACAUGCCUCACCUUACAAUGUAAGAAAAUAUGAAAAACUAAAAUUUUUGAGAAAUUUUUGUUUCCCCUUUUAAUGUUAUUUCCAAAUGUAAGUUUCUAUUGUAGGAUAUGAUUUUUCUUUGCACUUCAAAGUUAGACAUUUGUUGCAAUUUAUAAUUAUGUAUAAAUAGAUUUUAUACAAUUCUGAUGUUAUGGCUGUUUACAAUUACAAAAUCUCCAUUUAUUUGAUAAAAAAUAAACACGAAUUUGGUAAAUUUACAGAUUCAGUUUUUUUUUUAAUUCUGAUGUUCCUUUGAUUUUUAUUGAAAAAAAAACUAUCUAAACAUUUCUUAUUAAAUUUUGUUUUCUCAAGCUUCUGAAAUAAAAUUUUGAAAUUAAGGUUCAUAGAGUUAUAGUUUAGCAACACAGAACAAACCUGAAACACAGGUUUGUUUUAAAAGAUUCUUUAAAUCAUAGCACUUGUGAUGUAAACUAGCAAGGUUUACUUUUGUUGUUUCUUAAUUGCCAUUUUCUGAAGUUCUUAUAAAAAUAAACUAAAAAUUGAGAGAUGGAUUAAUCAUUAUUGUAUUGUAUUGGUAACUUUCAAAGAAGUAUAAAGGAACAUUUAUCCAGUACUGAUAACAAUUUUAGCUGCAUUAUGUUCCAAAAUAUGUAUACUUCUAAUAUUUAAAAUUUGAAAUAAAAUUAAUUUGUGGAUUUAUUUAUAUAUAUUUUUUUAUUCUCAUGAAAGUAAGUAAUAUUCUUUGUAGAAAGUCAUCUUCUUUCCAAUAAUCUCCCGAAUAUCACGAUGAUUUUGUUUAUGCAUAAGUCAAUAGAAGUUUCUGUAAUGAUUGUUUUUGAGAAUUUAGUUUUUAAGGCUUUGAUCAAACUAUUUUAAAACUGAAUUAAUAACUGUAUGCUAUAUAUAAAUAGUUUGUUUAUAACAAACAUAUCUUAUUUAUAGCAACAGUUUCCUUUGUUGGUUAAUGAAAACUGGUAGUGUAUCUCUGAAUAAAUUUAUCUUUGUUUUUAAAUGAACUUUUAGAUUAUACAAAUUGACUUAUUGUUUAAACUUAAUAUCAUGAAAUAAUUAAGUUUUGAAGUAAAAUCUGUCUAUUGAUGUUUGGUCAUUUAACAUUGUUUACAGGCUUAAAUAUAUUAAUGAUAUAUUAAUACUGAUCUGUAGAAAUAGCUUAGACAAAGUGUUAGUAUAAGGGUUUUGUUAUGAAUUAAAUCUCAUUAGAGGACCCAUAUUUGCUAUUUGAGUCAAUAAUAUAACUAACAAUUUAUAAAUGGUAAUAGGGUAAAGACAUCCUUUGGUCAUGAAUGAUCAUGGGAUUGCCCCUAGAUAGAAAGUUCCCUUCCAAGGCACAAGUCAAGGCAAGGUUGUUCAUAAAAGAUCAUCAGUCGUCUGUGCAUAUCGGCCUUCCCUCUCCAUGCUAAGGCAAAAGUCAAUACAGCUUGGCACUAGUGAUGUCACAACUCAUUUGUACAGUUGAGUGAACUAGAGCAACAUGAAGUAGUGUCUUGCUCAAGAACACAACAUACAGCCCAAUCUGGGAAUCAAACUCACUGGUUGUGAGCCUGAUAGUCUUACUGAGCCAUGUACCUUCUCUUACAAUUUAUAACCAUCAGUAAUAGGUUAAGGGCAUAUAAAUUUGUAUGAAGGAGUUCAGUCAUUUGUAUGGUAUUUCAUUGAUUGAACUUGGUGAGAUUUGACACAAAAUACCCUAAAAGAAAAAUAUAAUUUAUACUAGUAAGAUUAAAACUUCUGAAACAAUUAUUUUCAGUAAACUUCCUUUCACAAAACUCCUGACUGAAUUAAACAUAUUUCACAUUUCUGUCAAUGUGAACUGAAUAUCAGCAUCCAACAUUCUUAAUUUAACAAACUGUUUUUCUGGAAAAUUUUCUCAUUCCUUUUGAGCCUUGGGCAUAGAAAUAACAGACUUAGCUUAGAGUAUUUAAUGUUCAGUUUUGAUUAUUGCUGAUUAAAUGUGAGAGCAAGUAAUGGCCUGGAAAAUGAAACAUUGAGAGAAAGGGUUUUGUUAAUAAAUGAAAUUAUAAUAGUAGAUAAAUUACAAUAAUUAAUGUUAAUAUAUCUAAUGCAGAGAUCAUUAGAAACUAAAAAUAAUUUGACAGCCAAGGGUAAUUUAAUCUCUGAACAUUACAAUUUUUGUAUUCAAGUGUACUACUACUUAGCAAUUCCUUCAUUACUGUGUUGGUGAGUAUGGUGGUCUAUGUAGAGAGAGUAUAGUGGAUUUAUGUAAAUGUAGGCCUCUUAAUCAGAUAGAUAGACAGUAAAGCUAUUGAAUGUUAACAUUUUCUUAAAGAGAUUAGCAGCUAUUCAGGAUUGAAGUAUGGUGUAGUCUUGCAGAAGAAACUCAUCCAUUCUAAAACAGUCUUAUAUUUGUGUAGUGGCUCUAAAGGAGUUUGAAGAAUUGUUAGGCCAAGCACUUUCACAGAAUGUUAAUAUUUUAUUUCAUAUUUCUCUUUAUUGUCAGGUAGGAUGUAAUUAGCAUUCCCAUGAUCAGAAGUUGUUUAACCCUAUCUUAAAUAUGAUGAUUAAAAGUGUUCAGUCAUGACUUUUUCUUUUUUUUUUUAAUAUCUAGGGCUCCAAUGUGGGGUGUUUUAAAAAAUUUUUUUAUCUGCAGAGUUAUAGGUUAUGAGGAUCUUUCAUUAGUUCAUGUGACAGCUAAUGUAUAGCAAAGGUUGGAGAAUUAGGUGGGCAUCGGCAUUCAUCCAAGAUGAUGACUAGCUGCAAGAGAGAGAGAGAGUUUCAAUUGAAGCUUCAAUUCCACUUUGGUUGAUAAGUUGGGUCUGUGGAGUUGCUUCUGAUGACAUUUUCAAAGAAUUGCUGAUGUCAAGGGCAAUAACUUUGCUUUUUUCAGUGUUCUCAAAAGCAAGAGGACAUUAAAGCAACUGUUUUUUUUUUUUUUGAAUGUGUAGAAAUAAUCAAUGAAAAUAUAUUCAACUUAAUGUUGGCAGUAUCCUAAAGAUGUUGGGUUUAAAAUCAAUGUUGGUAGAUAAUUAUGAACUGUAGUGAGUAAAUACCUUUUUAUUGAAAUCAAGUGAUUUGGUGACCGUUUUUGUAAGGAUAAUGGAGGUGUUUAGGAUUAAACUAUCUCAGGAUGUCUCUUAAAGUCUUGCUGCUUUGUUAUUUGAUUUGAAUAAGAGGAAAGCUUAACAAAUGAAAAGCACCUUAUUGGUUAUUUAAAAUCUUUUUUUUUAUUCCUGCUCUAAAAUUAUUAUGUUAGCAUAUAACUAGUAAGAAUAAUGAAGUAGUGUUGAAAAUUUAAUUUCUUUUUUUUUUCACAUUUUUUUCCCAUGGUACAACUUUGACCUAUUUUUGCCAUGCAUUCAAUAAAUCUGAAUAAUUCAAAUGAAUCAUAAGAAUAUGUUUUUAAAAAACUGAACGUACUUGUGAAAUAUGAAUAGAACACAAAUGAAUAAACACACACACACACAUAUUUCUUAAGAGGCAAAUUAACAAAUGCACUGACUCCAUGUUGUCACUUAUUGAACUCAAUGUGCUGAUCACUUGUGUCACUUAAGAGUUAUUUAAAUAAACAAAACAUAUUCUUUGUUUUAUUUUAUUUGUUAUUCAUACAUGGUACUUUUUUUUAUUUUUCCAAAUGAACCCUAUUUAGUGUUCUUAUGAUAUCAAUUUAUUGUUUGUGUUGUAUGUUGAGUAUUGAUUAGACAUACAUCAAUCAGUAUUAUCACAAAGUUAUAUAUUACAGGCAUGCUUUCCUUUAAUAUAUUCUCAUGCCUCUAAAUAGCAUAAGUCUUAUUUCCAUGUGUAAAAUCUUAUUUUAUUUCUUUUAUAGAGAAUUUCAGACCUCUUCAAAUAAAUAAUCAUAACUAA